AGCCUACACGCCACCACUUCUGCUCCUGAGAGAGGGCGAGAACACCUGGGCGACCGCCAUCCUCCUCGCUGUUCCAUACAUCUCAUCAGAAUCUCUGAGCAACUGCAGAGUGUGGCCUAAGGUCACCAGCAGGCAGCGCAGCGCAUCGCGACUACAUCACCUCUCCUCCCAUCGGCGUGACGACACGAGCCAGCAGCCAUGAACCUGGAGCCGCCCAAGACGGAGAUCAAGUCCGCCACCCGCGUCACCGGUGGCCCCGCUACACCGCGCAAGGGACCCCCCAAAUUCAAGCAGAGGCAGACCCGCCAGUUUAAGAGCAAGCCCCCGAAGAAGGGAAUCCAGGGAUUCGGUGACGAUAUUCCUGGCAUGGAAGGAUUAGGCACUGACAUCACUGUCAUCUGCCCAUGGGAGGCCUUCAACCACCUGGAGCUGCACGAACUUGCACAGUACGGCAUCAUCUGAGUCCUCCACCUUCCCACAACUCCUCUGUGCAUUCAGCCCCCCUUCGUCCUCAAGCACUCCAGCUGGCUCCUGCUCUGCAGGUCUGGCUGGAAGUGCCCAACAGCGUACUUC